GCUUGUUUUGCUGGAUGAAUUAGGACACAACAGGUUAUUGGCAUUUAUUUAAAGGAGAGAAACACGAUGUCUGCGAGGGACAGACUGAAAGAGAAGAUGAUAAAAGAGAGCGUGACACUGCUGCCAUGCUUUUAUUUCGUGGAGCUUCCACUCCUGGUCUCAUCUAUGGUCAGCGUGUAUUUUCUGGAGUGGACGGACAUUUUCAAACCGGUCCGCUGGGGUUUCAACUGUCACGACCGCAGUCUGAGUCUGCCUUAUAUCGAACCCUCGCAUGAGGUCAUUCCCUUCCUCAUGCUCCUCAGCCUUGCUUUCGCAGCUCCUGCUAUUACGAUCAUGAUCGGAGAGGGGAUUCUGUUCUGCUGUCUGUCCCGAGCGCAGUGCAGAGGAGGAGCUGAAGCUGACAAAUACAGUAAAAACAGUAAUAUUUGUAUCACAUUCAAUGUCUUUUUCCUUUCAGGCGUUCAUGUGUUUGGCUUAUGCGCCACGGCUUUGAUUACCGACAUCAUUCAGUUGUCGACAGGUUACCCCGCCCCCUACUUCCUGACUGUCUGCAAGCCCAACUACACUCACCUCAAUUCCUCCUGUGAUGAAAGUUUCUUCAUCCUGGAGGACAUCUGCUCAGGAUCUCAUGCCGCUGUCAUCAACGCCGGCAGAAAAUCCUUCCCAUCACAGCAUGCAACGCUGGCAUCCUUUGCAGCCGUGUAUGUCUCGAUGUAUUUCAACAGCACACUGACAGACUCAUCCAAACUGCUAAAGCCUCUUCUGGUGUUCUCCUUCAUCAUCUGUGCCAUCAUAUGUGGCCUAACCCGCAUUAUUCAGCACAAGAACCAUGCUAUUGACGUUUACCUGGGCUUCCUGCUUGGAGGAGGCAUCGCUGUUUACCUAGGUUUGUUUGCUGUAGGAAACUUCCAACCGAGCAAGCAGAAACAGACAAGUCAGCUUCACGUUCGGGAUUCUCAUCGAACUAUGGCUGACCUUUGCCAGCAAGGUCACCACCUACCUGCCAAGAGCUGCAGUGGCAGUGAUGGCCUCUCAUCUUCAUGCUCCGAGGGCAUACUGCACCGCAACACCAAAUACCACCAGGCCGGAUCUCUUAGUAGCUUGAAAAGACCAAGUGGAGAUGUGGAGGUCAUCACCUGCAGUCCUCCACACAAGGAGAACAUGGUGACCUUCAAUACCUUGCCCAGAGUGCAUACGCCUGCCAUGGAUGAAUCUGCCUUCCGCAACGCCACCAUCCACACCUCCUCGAUAGAUUCGAGUCGAUCGAAGCAGCUGCUGAUGCAAUGGAAGAGUAAGAACGAGAACCAUAAACACUCCCUGCAUGCCAUGGAAGGCGGACCAGGACUGUCCCCUCCAAACAGCAUGGACAUCCGCUGUAAUUCUGAACCCUCAGCUGUGGGAAUCAACGGUGAACAUAAGGGACCUGGAACCCCUUACCUAAAAAUGGCCACUGGAAGUACAACACUACCAAGCAACCCCAGCGGAAUUGCUGGCGGUGCUCGCAUACCCAUCCAGUCUCGACCUGGUUCCUCGCAGUUGGUGCACAUCCCAGAGGAGACACAGGAGAACAUGGGUGGCUUGCCAAAUAGCAGUAACAUCCGUGACAAAUGGCUUAAAAGCAUGGAGAGGACUGCGGAGAAGGGUGGGGAGGUACCAGUGGUUAGGACUAACUCUAAUGGCCAGCCACGCAUCAUGCAGGUCAUUGCGAUGUCCAAGCAGCAAGGUCUUCUGCAGGGAAGCUCUCCCAGUUCUGAGAGCAGCAGCCACACCAGCUCCACAGCACCACUGCAGCGCUACAAGAGCCUAACUGAGGAGUCUGGAGGUCAAGGCAGCACUGGAGCCAUCAUUCGGGUGGAAGCCCAUCCAGAGAACGGCAGACCCCUGAUGCAUGCACACUCCACAGAUGGAAGUGGCUUCUGGACGUGGAAGUCCCAAAGCAGCUUUAGACAUUCAUUUGAGCUCAACGACUUGAAUCGGGACUCAGAGAGCUCAGAAUCCGUGAGGGAUGGGAACAGUUCUACGGACAGAAAGAAGAACGGCUAUAAUGCUCCUAAAGUCGUUGCAGUGCCAACUGUCCCGACUGUAAAUACAGCAGGUGGUGACCAACAUCCCAACCAGACCAUUUCCACCAUCCAGGUCACUCCCAUGGAAAUGACUGAAUCUGGUCCUGAGAGUUGCGAUUCGAGCUUGUGCAGAAAAACCAGGAUCCUCAUCCCUGAAAGAGGAAACAGUCCAGACAAUACCAGGACAAUUUUUUACAAGGGAACAUCCACCACCCCAAUUUUCAAAGAGUAGUCAGUAAUGAUCUCUACAAAAACAAAAAAAAUGAAGAAACCAGAAGAGGUUGGGUGUUUCAUAGACACAUAUGCUAUGUUUUACACAUAUCCAAUGGCAUCACUCGUUAUGUAUGAGAUGAUUCACUGACUUAAAAUUAUAUGACAAGUAAGAAAAGCACAAAAUCCAGGUUUUGGUCGUAAUUCUGUUUACUUUAGUGAUAAUGACAUUGUAAACAUAUGACAGUAUAUCACAUGGAAAUGGUCUUACCUUUAAUGAAACACUGUGAAGCUGGAACUGUGACUGUGCCAAGAUUGAACUGCAACACUGUAUUUAAGUAUUUAACAUCUCAGAUUUUCCAUAUAGUCAUACUUUCACUUAUUCAUACACUAAUAACUAUGCUAGCUAAAACCCUUAUUUUUGUAUUCUGUAAAUAAAUUUUAAACUUGGUGCUGCCCAAUUCUGAGAACGUUAUGUAAAAACAAGUUAAGAAAAUAGAAAAAAAAAUGUGCAGUGCACUCCUCUGAAAACUGUCAUUUAAAAUUUCUUAUGACCAUAAGUGCUUAUAGAAUAU